GGGUUCUGGGGUUCAUCUCGAGGCUUGGCAAGUCCUCUCCUGGCUGAGUCCCUUUCCUUACCAGUAGCAGCUUCCGUGAAACAAAGACCAGCACAUUCUGGGCAAAUAGUCACCAUGAUGCUGUGAUACCAUGGACCACUGAGGAGAAUGGAAGCACAGAGAGGUUUGGAUACUUGCCAGAAGUCACACAGCAGGAAGUUUUGGCAUCAGCACUGGAACCCUGAUUGAGCGGCUCCCUGAUUAGAGUUGCUUAGCACAGAGUAAACCCACCACCUCCUCCCCCAGCCCAGCAACAGCGAGUGGGGAAUGAAGCCCCCAAUACCCAGGCCAUCCAGGCAUUGCUCCUUCCUGAGCCCCAUGGUCCCUGUCCCUGCAGUGGAGGAAGGUGGCUAAGGCACCCCAAGACCCCUGCUACAGGAAAGAGUGCUGUUCCAGGAGGCAUCCUUCCUGUGGUGGCAUGUAUCCUUCCGUUUGUCUGGCAGGUUCUCAUGAACGACCUUGGCAUCUUGGGGACACUGCAGGGCUACGCCCGUGCAACAACCCUUUCUCCAGGCAGCUCCAGGCCCAGCAGGGGCAAUGGCAUCACCCAAGUCAUUGCUCCAGAGCAUUCUUCAUGGUAGUGGGCUCUGUCAGGCUGUGAAGCACCCAGCCAGCCUGGCAGGCAGGGCAGGCUUCCUGGAGGUGGUGGUAAGGUGACGCAUUCAUUGGUAUCUGUCCACCAUCAGACAGUGUUGCUAUCGCACAAAGAGCGGCUCAGUGUUUGCUGGGUGAACAAAGCUGAGGCAGGCCUGUUGGAGUCCUGGCCCCUCUGAACCUCACUUUCCCCAUCUGGACGGUGGGAUUCUAAACCCUACCUUUCUCCAAGCUGAGUGGUGGUGAUGAAGGGGUGGCGCCUCCGUCUGGCCACAUUAUCUUGCUGGCUCCUCACAAACCGAGACUGGACUCUGGACUGGUUGGCCUUGGGUUCCAGUAAGGGAAACUGAGGCUGGGAGGGAGGGCAAGCAGUGAGGAAACAAGGGGUUUGCGGCUGGCAGAUCACAAGGUAGGAGGGGUGGGAUCCCAGAGGGACCCUGCAGUCCUAGGAGCUGCCAGGCCUGGGGUUGCCUCCUUUCUCUGUCUGUGGACAGCUUGCUGGUGUUCUCCCUUCUCUCCUUUAAUCUCAUCUUCCUGUCACAAUUCAUAUUCACUUGUGUACCUCUGGGAUGCCUCACAAAGUGGGUGCAUCCUCCAGGGUUGCGUCCCAGCGUCCGGAUCACUGUCCAGCAUCCAGUAGGUGUUCAACAAACAUCUGUCCAUGAAAGGAAGUAGCAGCCCCCUCGCGCGCUUUGGGGUGGCUGCACUGAGCGAAGCCCGUUCACCAGGAGGAGCGGGGCUUAGCUGCUGGGCCCUUAUUUCUAGAAGGAAACCCUCAUCUUUCUCAUCUAUAGAUGGGGCAGCAGUAGGACCUACCAGCAGUAGCCCGUUGUAAGAAUCAGCGUUGGGGAAAGGACGUUAGUCUAGUACCGGGAAAGAGCUCACUAGUAAAUUCAGCUGAGGUUAUUAUUAUUGCUAUUAUUUUACUCGUCAUCAGAGAUGAUGCUGGGGAAAGCUUCUCACCAGAGCAAGGCACAGCAGCAGGUGGGGGUCUUCACCCCUCCCCAGGUGAACUGAGGCAGGGCUUGGGGUUUAUGACCCCGCCUUCCGGGAUUCGCAGGCGCGGGCGCUAGGGGUGAUCAGCAAUAAAAAGCGAUCAGCUGCUUCCCUCCUACCUACGCCCGUCAGCGCCCUGGGUACCCGCGAGGCUCCUGGGUGCGACCGGCCCCAGGGUGGGGGCGGGAGCGGCGGCCGUACUAGGAGGAAUACGGCGGCCCGGCUGGGCGGUUUCCCGCCGCCGCCGGUGAAUGAGUCCGACUGCACUGCCGCCGCCGCCGCCCGUGUGCAAACUGCGGCCGUGUCCCCUGCGCCAGGCCUGGAGCCUUCGCGCGGAGACCCUAGCGAGUCCGCGGGACAGCCUCAGCCUUGGGCCACCAUCCCCGGGCAGACUCUGCAGGCCCCUCCUGGUCUCCUGCCUGCCGCCCCUAUGAAGAAAACCAACAUGUGGUUCCUGGAGCGGCUUCGGGGGUCCGGGGAGAACGGUGCUGCUGGGGGCGAGGGGGGGGACAAGGCCUCCAAGGGGCCUCUAUACAGCAAUGUGCUCACGCCCGACAAAAUCCCUGACUUCUUCAUCCCCCCCAAGCUGCCCGCCAGCCCCGCAGAGCCUGAGGGGCAGGCUGAGCCUGGCCUGCCUCCGUUGGAGCAGAAGCUGGCCUCUGCUGUGCCCCGCCGAGUCCCCCGGAGUCCCCGGCUGCCCGCCAAGCUGGCAGCUGAGAGCAAGAGCCUGCUGAAGGCGGCCACCCGGCACGUGAUCCAGAUCGAGAGCGCUGAAGACUGGCCAGCUGAGGAGGCUGCCACCAAUGCUGACCCCCAGGCCCAGAGUGCCAUGUCCUUGCCCUCGGUGCCCAAGGCCCAGACGUCCUAUGGCUUCGCUACGCUGGCUGAGAGCCCCCACACGCGACGCAAGGAGUCCCUGUUCCACAGCGAGCACGGGGCCCUGGCCCAGGUGGGCUCCCCGGGUGCUGGGCGCCGUCGGGGGGGUGCCAAGGCCAACGGGGGCGACGGGGUGCCCAGGGAGGCCAGCGGGGCCCUCAUGAGCCCCAGCCGCUACUUCAGCGGUGGGGAGAGUGACACCGGGUCCUCCGCUGAGUCUUCCCCAUUCGGGUCCCCUUUGCUCUCGCGCUCGGUGUCGCUGCUCAAAGGCUUUGCCCAGGACAGCCAAGCCAAGGUGAGCCAGCUCAAGCAUUCGGUGGGCCGCCACGGCUCCCUGUCGGCUGACGACAGCACUCCGGACACCAGCCCCGGGGCUCGGCGCCGCCUGACCCGCAGGGCCACUCCGGAGCCAGGCCCUGAGCCGGGCCAGACGCCCCGCGCAGAGCACACGGUGCGCAUGGGCACACGUGGCAGCGUGCGGCUGCUGGCGGAGUACGAGGCAGCCCAGGCACGCCUGCGCGUGCGCCUGCUGGCCGCCGAGGGCCUAUAUGACCGCCUGUGCGAUGCCCGCAGCAUCAACUGCUGCGUCGGCCUGUGCCUGGUCCCCGGAAAGCUGCAGAAACAGCGUAGCACCAUCAUCAAGAACAGUCGCCACCCGGUCUUCAACGAGGACUUCUUUUUUGACGGCCUCGGGCCGGCCUGCGUCCGGAAACUGGCCCUCAGGAUCAAGGUGGUCAACAAAGGCAGCAGCCUCAAGCGGGACACGCUGCUGGGGGAGAAGGAGCUGCCCCUGACCUCCCUGCUCCCCUUCUUGUAAAGGCCCUUUGCUGCCCCUUCCUUCAUCCCUCCCGUGGGUGCCCAGGGUAGACCCUGCCUCCCUCCCCACCCAGACCCUGCCAGGCAGGAGGCCAGUUGACCUGGGCUAAAGGGGGAGGUGGGUUUAAACUCAGGCUCGUCUGGGCCUGAUGCUGCAGUGGGUGCCUGGGCUUUCCUGGGUUGAUGAUGGUGCCCAGGAUACAAUUUUUCAUGGGAUUAAGUUUUUCAGAGGACAAAGAGAGGGGGCUGCUGGGUAAGAGAAAGGGCCAUUUGCAGGGCUGAGCAUCCCCUGGGCCCCGGGUUUCAUGCCAGUGGUCUUCAGAAUUCUGGAAAGGAGUUCUCAGGGCACUGGGAACUUGUGCCAGGAGGUGGCCAAUGUGGAUCACAGACCUAGAGGUAUGCAGUCCUGAGGCGGAGCCAAAUCUUUCCCUGUAUUACACGAGUGUCCUCCAUUCCCAGGCCUACAAGAAACCCCCUAGAAAGCAGUGCCAGGCCUGGGUUCCACAAACAGUGCCCCCAUGGGGCUGUGGGAGGCAGCUGUGUGCCUCAGAGCUCAGGUGCAGGACACCCAGAUGAAAACGGGGAGCAACGGCCCCUCUCCUGUUCCUGGAGCCAGACAGUGCCCCCACCCCCCAACCCCCAUGGAUGUUUUCCUCCAAUAUCUACUCUGCUUGCUUUUCUCGCAGACCUGCCUGUCCUGUCUGCUGCAUCUGCUCAGGACCCCUAGGCCCUGCUGGGGCAUCUGGAGCCUCCCUCCCCUGGAGGGGGUUGCUCAGAAGGUGCCCAGAGAGCAGCCCCCAGCCCAUGGCCUGGCCCUCCCCACCCCUUCCAGGCUGCUGUCUCCUUCCCCCGCCCCCUCAUGGUCUUGACCUCUGGACGCCAGGCAGUGAUGCCCAGUGACUGAUGGCCUUGGCUUUUACUCCACGUGUGUAAAUAGGUUUUGGUUAGGGUGGGUGGGACAAAGGGACAAGGGGACAAAAGGCGGGCUGGGAGGACCCUCCUUGUGGCUUUUCAUGCUGCUAGGUGACUGCAUGGGUUUGCUUACUAUGUCAACAUGUGGGUCCUUGAGUGAUUUCUAUGGAGGUUUUCCAGCUCUACGAAACAGAAAUGAUACAGUUUGAAGCAGGGGCCAGCAAGGCCAGGCCGGCUCUGCCCCUUUGUCUCCCCUGGGCUGCCCACGGAUGGACCAAGGCAGUUCAUGGGGACCCUGGGGUGCCCCUCCCUGUUCACACAUUGUCCCUCCUGAUUCUAGAUUUCCAAAUCUCACUGCGGGAGGGGGGAAGGGCAGAUUUCCCCCAGGGUUGGGGAAAGUACCGGUGCACCCUGGAGACUAAGAUGGAGGAGCCCUGGGAGCUGGGGACCCACCAGCCUCUGUCCUGUGCCUGUUCCUUCAUGAUACUGCUCCUGGUUUUGUAGGGGCUCCCCCUUCACUCUGGAACCUGGGAACCACCAGGGCCAGGCUUGUGGGCUAAGGAGGCAGACAGAGGGCCCUGCUUGGAGUGCACACCCCUCUCCUUCUCUGAUCCUGACCUCUCCCUGCAUUUUAUAUGCCCCUGCACUGUUUCAUAUCUCUGUGUUCGAAGUCGACUCUGGGUAAACCUUUAAGACACCCUCCCCAAGUGUGUUUGUUUAUAAAUGCUGUUUUUAGUGCAAUAAAGGUGUUUGGGGAA